AUGUUCUCUCUUCCGUGCGAUGGGCCGUUCGGCGCGUUCGACUACUACGGCAACUACGUUGUGUGCAUCAACGAAGCCAAGAGUUGUAUGAUUCGAUCGGAAGUCGACGGAAAGGAUAUCCUUUUGGGACUGCUCAAAAAGCAUGAGGAUCGCUCGUUCCAUCUGUUGACCAUGCGUCUUGAUGAGGUCGAAUUCUUCUGUACCAUCAUGAAUCAAGUGUCGACCGGGAUCGUCUCUAAUGGGCUGAGAGUUGAAGCUCAUCGAUCCAUGAGUCAGGUGGUGUUCAGCAUCUGUAACACCAAACCGAUUCGUAGAAAGUCGGGAAAGAAGAUGAAUGAUCGCGAGGCGUUCAUGAUUCAGCUGAAAGCGAAUGAAAUCGAGACCGAUGUGAGCACCGAUGACGAAGAAAGGGAUGAAGAGGUGGAAGAAGAAAAGGUUGGCACAUCGAAAAAAGCAGACGCAAAAUCCGAAAAAGCCGUUGCCUCAUCUACCAUGGUUGUCGCGAAAUUGGGAGAUGUUGUUAGAAAAUCAAUUGAAAUUGUCGCGAAAUCGGUUGAAAUCGGCGCGAAAUCAGGAGAUGUCGCGGCAAAAUUGAAGGAUAUCGUUGCGGAAUCUGAAGGCACCGACACUAAGUCGGAUGAAAUCACUGCGGCAUCAGAAAAUGCCGUCGCUAAGCCAGAUGUCAAAACUGCGGCUUCAGAAGACGUCGUCGCUAAGUCGGAUGAUGCCACUGCUGCAACAGAAGACGCCGUCGCUGAAUCGGAGAAAAUUGACGCGACAUCUAAAAACGUCGUUGCAAAGUCAGAUGACAAGACUGCGGCUUCAAAAGACGUCGUCGCUAAGUCGGAUGAAAACACUGUGGCAUCGAAAGACGUGGUUGCUCAGUCGGAUGAAGCCACUGCGCCAUACGAAGACGCCGUCGCUGAAUCGGAGAAAAUUGACGCGACAUCUAAAAACGUCGUGGCGAAGUCAGAUGAAAUGAACGCUGUAUCUGAAGACGUCGUUGCAAUGUCGGAUAAUGUUAUCUCGGUGUCAGGUCAAGAUUUCGAAAUGUCUCAAGAAGUGGCCACGACAUCGAAAGCCGUAGUCGCAAAUGCCGAAAAGAUCGUUAUGAAGUCGGAAGGCGUCCCCGCAAAUUCGGAUGAUACUGCUGAGACGUCAGACGAUAUCGUCAUGAAGUAUCAUGAUAUUUCGCCGAAAUUGGAAGAGGACGAGAACGACUCGGAGAUGAUCGUUACCGCGUCUAGAAAGGUUGUUGAAAAAACGAAUGGAUUCGGCAUCAGGAAAGAUAGUAGCUUUACGGCAUCAAGAAAGGUAGUGACGAAGACUAGAAAGAUUUCGGCGAAAUCAGGAAACCUCGGUGAAAAAUCUGACGAAGUCGUUGCGGCAUCUGGAGAGAAAAAUAAUGAUAACUUCAUCGAGAGCGUCAUCAUUCUUGCGAAGAUAGAAGGAGCUGGACAAAUCCACUCAACAAUCCUUUCGACUGGAAGAAGAAGGUAUGGUAUUAAGGUGCAUCGUACCAGAAGCUUCCGCGGCUUGAGGCGCACUUUCAGCACCAAGUUUAUGACAAGAUGGAAGAUGACGUCGACGCUCGAGAACUGCCUUGAACCGUUUUUAUGGGGUAAUAAGGCGUGCGUGCUGACCAAGGAUAACCCGAGCUCAUUCUUUGUGGCUCAAACGGUGUUGAACCCAAAGAAGGGUGUGAUGGCGUCUCUGGCGUAUAAGCUCCGUCACAAUUUCAGCUUCCAUACCCCACACACCGAGCCGGUUGAGUGCACAAUCAGUGGUGACGCUCCAAAUCCGCAACAUCUCUGGAGCAACGUUGAAGUCGUCAAAGGAUCGCCAAUUUUUCUGACUAUGGACCAGCAUGAGCACACCAUCACUCGCUGGCGUAUUCUUCGCAAUAACUACACCAACUACACAUGGAAGUGCGAGCCAUUGCAAAUCGGAGGACUUCCGGGAGACGUGGUGAAAAUCAUGUUUCGAAUCAACGCGGAGAACAAGCAUGAUCUAGAGUUCUCAAUUCGUUUCCAGAAGAAGCACUCGGAUGGCAAUUCGCUGUUCUAUGUGCUCCGUGUUCCGGCGUACGCGCGUCGCCACAAGAAAUAA